AUGUCUAAUUAACCAUUUUAAGUAUAUUUGAGAAUCAAACCUUUAUUGGAAAGCUGGUAAAAACUGUAUAAUUAUUCAUUUAGUACAGAAACUUUAAUUGAAGAUUUGAAUGACAAUAAAAUUGUAAUUAGAAAAGAUGGUAAAAAUAGUAAAUCCUUUGUAUUCGAUAAGAUAUUCAGUGGUGUUCAAAAUAAUGAGGAUAUUUUUGAUCAAUCAUUAAGAGUAUAUAAAUAUAUAUUUAAAAUAAAAGCAUAAUCUGGAUCACUUUGUUGAAGGUUACAACACAACAAUAUUAGCAUACGGUAUAACUGGUUCAGGUAAAUCUCAUACUAUUUUUGGAAAUGAAAAAGAUGAAGGAUUGUCAUUUAAAUGCAUUAAUUAUUUAGUAAACAGAAUGAAGUACAUGAGGUUAUUAAGCUGAAUAUUAAUUAUUAGUCCAGAAGCUAAUGUUCAAAUGGAAAUGAGUUUUAUAGAAGUUUACAAUGAAACUAUAAGAGAUUUAAUGUCAGACUAACCAAAACCACUUAUGAUUAUGUAAGACAAUUAAAAAGGUUCUUACAUUUAAGGUUUAUAAGCAAUUAAAAUUAACAGUAUAAAUGAUGUAUUCUUUUGUAAAAUAAACCAUUAGGUGAAAGAAUGCAUAAACAUUGCUAAUUAAAAUCGAAGUUUAGCUUAAACUAUAUACAAUGUAUAUUCAUCAAGAUCACAUGCAUUAAUAUAAUUUAAUUUAUCUUAUUGUUUUGAAGGGUAUUUUUAUUUAUUUAUUAUAAUUUAGAUAAACAAUUACACCAAAACUUUUUAUUGUUGAUCUAGCUGGAUCAGAAAGAGUCUAUUAAGAUCAAAAGAGUAAAAAUCAAUAAGAGGGUUCCAAUAUUAAUAGAUCUCUUUUGGCAUUAAGUAAUUGUUUGACUAUUUUAUCUGAUAAAACUAAGAAAAAUUAACAUAUUCCAUAUAGAAACUCAAAAUUAACAAGAUUAUUAUAAGAUUCUCUAGGUGGUAAUACUAGAACAAUAAUGAUUUCUUGCAUAUAAUAAAAUAAAUGUCAAUAUGAUGAAAUAUUAAACACUCUAUAAUAUAGUAGUAGAGCUACUUAAAUAAAAAAGCAAAUUUAAAAGUCUUUGCAUUAAUAAAUAAGUGAAGAAAAGAUCAUUAUACAUUCAAAUAUUAAUGAUUCUGAGAUGAGUACAAAAUAAUUAUAUUUAACUAAAAUCUAUAAUGAUAUUUAUAGUAAUAUUGAAGAGUAUCAUGAAAUUAAUAAUUCACUUAUUGAAAUACAAAAUAAUAUUCUAUAAAAUUAAUAUCAAAUAGAAGAAAUUUAUUCAAUGAGUUUGUAAAAUAAUUUAAAUUCAAUUAAUGAUGAUUAAAUGUAUCAUAAUUUAAUGAUUGCUCAAAAAUAAAAUUAGGAAAUAGAAUAAUAAUUAUAAAAUGCAUUAAAAGUUAAUUUAAAAUAAAAAUAACUUUAGAAAUCCUUAUUACUUCAAAUAACUGAGGAAUAAUAAUAAUAUAUAGAUUAUUGGAAAAUCAAAUAUGAAGAAUCACAAAAAGAAAUAUAAGAAUUAAAAUAAGUUUUAUUAACAAAAGUAAUAUUAUAUUAUAAUUAUCAAUUAGAAUGAAGAUAUAUAAUCAAAAGAUUCAUAAAUUUAAUCUUUAUAAUUAUUAUUAGAUUAAAUAAAGACAAAAAAUCCAUCUAUAUAUACAACUAAUAAUGAUUCUGAUUGUUCUUACCCUUCAUCAUUUGCAUCAUCAACAAGUACUUCUUAAAUCAAAAAGAAAUCAUCAUUAACUCAUUUAAAUAUAUAAAAUACUUUAUCCUAAUAAUCCUAAUUAUUUGAAAUGAUCGAUCGACCAAGAUUUUCAAAUUUAUCUCAUAUAAAAUAAAUAUUAGCUUCGAGAGAACGAUCUCCAGUAAACUCAAUAUUUAGAUAAUCUCCAAUUAGAUCCCCACUAAGAAAAAAACCAUCAAUUCGAAAUAUUAGUAAUAAUCAUUAUAUAUAUUAGCAUCUAUAUCGAAAGUAGAAUAAUCAGAAAUAUCUUAGAUUUCCUCAAUUAAAAAAUCUAGACUUAUAAAUGAUCCAUAAAUAACAACAAUUAAUUUAUAUGGAAGUUAAUAUAUAAAUUUGAUAGAUAAAGAAAAUAUUUCAUGA